AAGGCUUCGAGGUAGAAACAGGUGUAGCCUGAGCACAGUACACUUCCUGGAUGCUGAGCAACCGCUUUGUUGUCGGAAUCCUGUACAUUACAAGCUCCCAAUAACAGGAUGUUUUCAAGAUUUUGCUUCUCAUUGGCUGGUCGUGUGAGUCAACAAACAACAAAGAAAAUCCAUCCGGCAUGCGGCUGCAGUGAUCAUUCUGCCGCCUCCGAGGGCCGGUUAUAACGCGUUAUACGUCUCCAGUUACACUUCCACCAGCUUCCUCUGGAGAAGAAACCUUUUUUAUCCUUAAAAGUGAUCUUUAAACGUUUGGAGAUGAACGGAGACUGCGUGGACGCACGGCGCGAGGAUACAACAGAUGCUGCUGUGGUUGGGGCAUCCGGACUGCAGUCCAUUGAGGUUGAUGCUAAGACUCAGUCACAUGCCUUCAGAUACAGCCUGAACUACCCCAGCAUUGGCCACUGCAUCAUCAUCAACAACAAGAACUUUGAUCCCAACACAGGCAUGAACCAACGCAAUGGCACUGACGUAGAUGCAGGAAAUGUAAUGAAUGUGUUUCGAAAGCUCGGAUACACUGUGAAAGUCUACAAUGACCAGACAGUUGUGCAGAUUAAGCAGGUUUUAACAGCAGUUGCCCGUGACGACCACAGCCACUGUGCUUCAUUAGUGUGUGUGAUGCUCAGUCAUGGAGAUGAGGGAGUGUUUUUCGGCACUGAUACGUCUGUGGAGCUCAAACAGUUAACUAGCCUGUUCAGAGGAGACCGCUGCCCAUCACUAGUGGGAAAGCCUAAACUUUUCUUCAUACAGGCUUGUAGAGGUACAGAACUGGAUCCUGGUGUGGAGACUGACAGCUCAGAUAAAUCUAUGAGGAUCCCUGUGGAGGCGGACUUCCUCUAUGCGUACUCUACUGCACCAGGUUACUACUCCUGGAGAAACACGAUGACUGGCUCUUGGUUCAUUCAGUCCCUUUGUGAAAUGAUAGCAAAGUAUGGCAAAGAACUAGAGCUCAUGCAGAUCAUGACCAGGGUCAAUCAUAAAGUGGCACUCGACUUUGAGUCGACCUCCAACCUGCCUGGCUUUGACGCCAAGAAACAAAUCCCCUGCAUUGUCUCAAUGCUCACCAAAGAGAUGCACUUCACUGCUUGAAGGGACAAGGGAACUGUUAGAGCGUUUCCAGCUUUUUCUAUCAAUAUCACAACUAUAGUGUACGGGUUGAGUUUAAGACCCUUUUUUUCGCAGGAGCAUUAGCUGGAUGCUCAGUUUGGGAUUUCUCUGUCUCAGGACUGUUAUUGUAGUUCUCAUUGGCAUUUAAAAUAUUGUAUGUGAAUAUAGGUGCUCAGGUUUUUGUUUACCUUGUGACUAUAUACUGUUUUUCUUGUCUUUUGCCUCUGGUUUUCUAAUCAAAAUCUAAUAAUGAACAAUCACCAGUGGCAGGCCAUGUUGGGAUUUUUAGAAUUACAGUAAUCAGGGAUUUUAAUAGGCUAUUGCACUAAUUUGACUGUUGAAAGGGAAUCAGAGUUGGGCAUUAAAUCGGUAAGAUCUGAGAUUCAUCCUAAUUGAAGGAGAGCCAGUGUGCCUAUUUUAAUAUGAAAAGCAAAAAAACAACAAUCAGAACUAUUCCCAGGUGCCUCUCACUGAACCAUGUUAACAGAUUUUGAUAUAACUUCUGAAAUGUCAUGUGUAGGUUUCCAUUAAGACAAAAUGAUGCAUAUUUACAGACAUACUUGGGGUUAAAUCAAGUCACGGUAUCAGUGGCAUCUGGUGCAUUCCCACAGAAAUAAAAACUUGUACGAACAUUGACAGCAGUGGAUUUAAGUUGAAGUCUGUGGGUUUAACAACCAUCACUGUAGGUGCAUAUAUAAUACACUUUUUGUGGUAAUGGACACAAUUAUUACCACACUGCUUAAUUUUGUAUUUAAUCUGGAAUGCUCUUUAUUUAGUCCUUUCAAGAUGAUUAUGAACAGCAUGAUAGCAACAGUCAUCUGAGAAAAAUCACAUAGAAUUAUUUCAGUUCAGGUCAUGCAUGCAUUGUGUGUUAGAUAUGAGAUACUAAUGUACGCAUACAUGAAAAACAUACUGUUCAUGUUUAUUGCACAUAUUUUUUUUCUCUCUGUGUGUGUAAACUAGAGCUUUUGUAUGUAAUUAAACAGCUCUGCAGUGCACUGGAUGAUUAGUCAAUCUCUAAGCAAUAAGGUACGAGAGGCCGUGACUUGUUCACAAUACAGCACGCCUGGAGUCUCUUAUUGCUUUUAUAAAACGGUUACCACAGAGUACAAAUAUUAAAACCAAAAAUGUAUG